UCGACCAUGUUCUGAUAGAAACUAGUAUCUAGUUUGCGUAAUAACACAGUCAGUGGUACAUUUGAAAAGCAGCAAGGUUUGUAUCAUAACAAGGUCACUCUUAGCCUCAUUCCUAUUUUCAAAGGCUUGGCAACCAAGCACGCAACUGUAAAAUGGACUAUUCGAACUGUUCAAGUAUCACGUAAACAAAAACACUAAAAGCUAUGUCGAAAAAGCGAGCAUCCUCACCGGAAAAUGACGAAAGGAAAAAGCAAAAGCUUUCACUUAGUCUUUCUGGGGUCAAAGCUGUGAUUGUGGAGGUUGGUCUCGGAAAAACUCGGGCAUCCAUUUUGGCAAAACAACUGGAAAGACAUGGUGGUAUGCAUCACAAGAACUUUGAAAGCUCAACAACACACGUGUUGGUUGACAAGAAAUUAAAAAUAGAGAGACUGAAAAAGUGUUUAGGUGUAAAAAGUAUUCCUGAAGAAGUAUACUUAGUGGAUUCUGAGUGGUUGAGCAAGUGUCUGUCCGAGGGGAAACUCGUAGAUUUAGAGCAGUACACUUUGGGUAAGGAUGAAUGUAAAGUUGAAGGGAAAGCUGUUAAAAAUGAAGCGAAUGUUAAAACAAGCGAUCAAAAGCAGGCAUCAGAACAAAGUGUUGAUGAGCAAACUUCAACCACAAUGCUUAAAACUGAAGCAAUUUCAUCAAAUGACACAAAAACUUUCAGUAAGUCCCCAACAAAACACUUGACCUCAAAAACUCAAGUAGACGAUGACAGUGAUUUUACCGAUAGUGGUGACGAGGGAAGCAAAUCAGACAGAUCUCCUGUUAUUACACCCAACACCUCUCCAGAGAAACUUGGAAAUGCAACCUGGGUAUGUGCUCAUGCCUCUACUACACAGCAACAUAAUCACAACCAACCUAUAACUGACAAGCUUCAAGUUCUUGCAACGGCAUAUGCCAACAUUAAAGAUCAGUGGAGAGCUCUGGGAUAUAAGAAAGCUAUAGCAUCAGUCAAAAAUUAUCACAAAAGACUUGAAACUUGGGAUGAAUGUAGCAACCUUCCUUUUGUUGGAGAACGUCUUGCUAAGAAAAUCUGGGAAAUAGUUCAGACUGGUCAUUUACGAAGGCUUGAUCAUGUGGAUCCUAGACAGGAUGCCCUAAACUUGUUUGUUGGUGUUUGGGGUGCUGGGCCUAUAACUGCAGAAGCUUGGGUCUCUCAAGGACUGAAAAGUCUUGAGGAUCUGACACAGCAUGGGAAGUUAACUAGACAACAAGAGAUUGGCCUGAAAUACUAUGAUGAAUUUCUAGAGAGAAUGCAAAGGGAAGAAGCUGGAAAGAUUGAGGAAGUUGUUAAAAAAGCUGCAUUUGACAUUAACCCAGGAUUACAAGCCUUUGCUUGUGGAUCCUACCGCAGAGGGAAACCAACAUGUGGUGAUGUGGACAUCAUUGUAUCACACCCAGAUGGGAAAUCUCAUGAAGGAGUUAUGGCAAAGCUAUUAGAAAGUCUAAAAUCCUCAGGAUUUCUUACAGAUGAUCUUACUUUAUCUGACAAUGGGGAGCAUAGAAAAUACCUUGGAGUUUGCAAACUUCCUGGGGAAGAUACAAAGCACAGACGUUUGGAUAUCAUUGUUGUGCCUUACAAUGAGUGGGCUUGUUCUUUGUUAUACUUUACUGGUUCUGAUUACUUUAAUAGGUCCAUGAGACUUCUUGCUAAGAAGAAUGGCAUGUCCCUCUCAGAGCACUCCUUGAAUAAAGAUGUUGUCCGGAAGGGAAGUGACAAGAUUUUUGAAGGAACUCCACUUCCAGUAUUCAGUGAGAAAGAUGUGUUUGACUAUCUUGGCCUGGACUACAGAGAACCUCAUGAAAGGGAUUGGUAGUAACAUCACAGAGUUUCCCUUGUUUAUAUAGAAUGAUAAUUCGCAUUAAAAAACACACCAUACUUUUUGACAUGCAGACAUUUUGAUGCUAGCAGUUUAGAGUGGAGUGAGUCACAUAUGGUAUAUGCAUCUUGUUGUGAUGCCUUUUAAAACUGGAUAAUUUACAAGAGCAUCUGCCCUUCAUGUAAGACAUUUUUCAUCAGUUUUCCAAAGCAUAGAUAGUGUUAGCUCUGGAAAUAUCACCAACCACACUAUACUCUUGAGUAGAUAGCAAUUUAUGUAGAUCUUUUUAUUAUUUAUUGUGAAAUUUGCAUCUAGUGGACAAGGGUUCAGUAAACAAACUACUCCAUCCACUUCCUAGUGUCUUAUCCUCCAGGUAACAUUAUUUAUCCUUCAAACAAUCAGAACUUGAUGAGCAGUCUUUGCGCUUAAAAUUUUCCUUUGUUCAAUUUUUGUUUAUACUGUGAUUCUGUGAUGUCUUUUCCCCUGUUUGAAUUUGGUUUCUUGGUUUUAGUAAUAACAGAUAAAAGAAAUCUCUAAGAGAUCCCAAAAGUGUCUGGUACCUUAGCCUUAUCACUUUACCUUUGGUAUGAAUCUUUAUACUCAAUUGAGUUUCAGUUUGGGUAUAUUUUUAUUCUCUGAUUGGUCCUACAUGUAGUGACCCUCUCAUUAAUUUUAAAAAGUAGUUUAGGCAGUCACAUGUAUACUUAUAUUAUGAUUUUGUUGAUUUUUAUCCAGUAGGAGUUAAGUUAUGUAUUGAAAUAUGUUGCAGGCAACAGGUCUGACUCGAUGUUGGACAUUAAAUGAUAAUUGAAGCAUAUUUCACAUGCUUCAGAUUUUGAUUAAUGUAAUGAAAUGUUUUAAGACUAGGAUUUAUUCAACCAUCAAUAUUACGUUACAAAAAACAUUUGUAUUUUAUACUCAUGCAUGUUGUUUAUUUACUCUUACAUUUACCAAUUACAUCUCUUUACAUGGAAAAAUUGUAUUUUUUGAAGAGUAGUAAUCUUUAGAAUAAAUGUUCAAUAAUGCUUUAAAAAAAUCAAUUAUUUAACUAUGUCGCUGGUGUUACACAUACACAACAAUAAACAAUGGUAAAUCUAGGGAGUUGUUUGAUAGGAGUGGUGCAACCUUUGAUUCUUAAGGUACAAAUUUUUUUUCCUCAUUAGAGCCUAAAUAAACUGCAAGAGAUUCCAAGACUUGUAA